AUGGAGAGAUCAAAACCGGCCGGCCAAUCCAGCACCUAUGGCCAAGCUUGCAUGCACUGCUACAAGGCAAAGAGCCGAUGCGUGCGUACCCCAAAUGGCGACAAGUGUGAAAGGUGUUUCCGUCUCAAGAAAAGGUGCCAGCCAUCAGAGUCAGGUCGCAGGCGUAAUACUCAGAUGGCCGAAGAGUCCGAUAUGCGCAUCGCUCGGCUGGAAGACAAGAUGGAGAUCUUAUUAUCUGCAAUGCAGUCGCUCGUUUCCCAGGGGGCUUUGGGAACUUCCGCCAUCGCCCUUCAGUCACUUCAACCAGUUCACUCCCUUGACGGACACAGCAAUUCAUCCUCCACGUCUUAUUCGAAUGGCACCCUGGUAAACACCAGCGCUGGGCUGGCGGACUCAAUUGCCACAGCAUCACUGAAUCCAAAUAUGUUAUUUUCGUCUCAUCAUUAUUCUCUACCUUCCUCUGUGCCAUCGCCAAAUCAAGCAGACGAACGUCUGGAUUUCUUCCGCUCCCGAAUGCUGCCAUAUUUCCCUUUCAUCAAUCUUACCCCAGACAUGACAAGCUCGUAUCUGCGCCAUAACAGGCCUUUCUUGUUUCAAGCUAUCUAUACCGUUACUAUAUUCUCGACGCAGGAAAGACUGACUCAGGUUGAUGAGCUAAAGCGUGUCCUAUUCACCUCUGCUCUACUCGAAGUCCAGUCAAAUGUCGACUUGCUGCUUGGAUUGCUAACUUACCUAGCAUGGAGCACCGACGCUUUUCUUGGCAAAGCAGGCCUCGUAUCUCGCCUCAUGAUGCUCGCCAUUUCAAUAGUAUAUGACCUGCGUUUGUUCAAGCCAUCCUCACCAGACGUGCAAGCCAUGAUGUCUAUUACCCAGGGGCGGGAUAACGGCAUUACUCAGAGCCCUAACGAUCAAAUGCCCGACGAACUUUUGGAAAAGCAGAGGGCAUUGCUAGCUUGUUUCGUUUUGAGCUCUAAUGUUUCGUCACACCUUGGCCGUCAAGAUGCUAUACGAUGGACACCUCAGAUGGAAGAGGCGCUUCGAGCCAUCACACUAAGCAAGUCAUGCCCCGCAGAUGAGUUAUUUAUCUUUCAAGUACGCUUGCAGCUGUUAAAGCAAAGAGCGGAUUAUGUUCGACAACAGGACGAGGCAGAUUGCGCUCGCACAGGGACAACUCCUACGGCAGCCUCAGCUCCGCGCUUCUUGUAUCUUAAGAUUUUACGAACGCAGCUGCAUGAGCUGAGAUCUUCAUUUCCCCCGGAUCUCCAACAUAUAGGUCAAACUGGACAGAUUGGGGACGGUGGGACGUUAUUGGACUUCCAGCGGCUCGAGUGCUUGUGGCAGUCGGUUGAGAAUAUCAAGUCGUGGCUAGACGAGUUCUACAGAAUUCCCUGCUCGAAACUUGUUGGCCAGCCCUUUCACCUUUGGUCACAGAUGAUUCUGAGUAUUACAAUUUUGAAAUAUCUAUCAACACUCAAAGACCCAGAAUGGGAUUGCGAAGCGCUGCGGAACACAGUUGACUUAACAUCGACGAUGGACUGCAUGGCUCAGAAGCUCGAUCAAAGCAGCAAUGAGCCAGAACUUCAGUGCGAUGAUCAUUUGCUUAAACUUUUAUCCAAGCUUUUGACCAAAUGUCGGCUGUGGGCUGAAGCUCGAUGGUCCAUGGCUUCUCAGUUACAAGACGUGGAGACCAGGCCGUGCCAAAGUGCCAACCCUGACACAACCGGUCACAAUAACCAUAUUCCGGAUCUAGAUCAGAUGACCUGGAUGCAGUCAAUGGAUUUGGCAGACGACCAGUGGCUUGAAGGUGUACUGGGUAUACCCAUAACAUUCUACUAG